AUGCAGAGGACUACGGCGUACCACACAAUUCAGUGUCUCCAAGACCUGUUCUCGCGUUUUGGCGUACCCGAGACCAUCGUGACCGACAACGGACCACAGUUCGUUUCCGAAGAAUUCAAGAGCUUCGUCAAAGGCUUCGGUGGUCGUCAUAUCGUGAGUGCAGCGUACCAUCCAAGCACGAAUGGCCUUGCGGAGAGAUUUGUACAGACAAUGAAAUCUGCGUUGCGGAAAGGACGACCACAAGACUCCUUGCAGGCAACCUUACAGACGUUCCUGGUGACGUACCGUAACACGCCGCAUGCGACUACAAGAGAAACUCCAGCAAACCUUUUCAUAGGUAGACGACUGCGCACGAGACUCGACGCAGUCAAGCCUUCUGUCGGGGGAAGAGUGGCUCAGCAACAGCUCUCCGAUAUGGUGCGACGCAAGGCACGUGAGCGACUUUUCAACAUCAAUGAUGAGGUCCUCGUGAGGAAUUACAGAGGUCCUGAGAAAUGGGUCCCUGGCACUAUCAUUCAGCAGUCUGGCCCCGUUUCAUACAAGGUUCGCGUUAGAACGAAUCAUGGGGUGCUCAUUUGGCGUCGUCAUCAAGACCAGCUACUGCUCAGCAUCGACAGCUCAAAGCAGAGCAUCACGGAAGAUUUUAUUCCAGACUUCAGGGAUCCUGAGAGCGCCAACGAGCCAUUUCCAGCUGCGGCCCCUGCGGCAACGACCGACCCUCCAGGGGAGCGACGCUAUCCACAGAGGGACCGGCGACCUCCUGACAGAUAUCAGCCAUAG